AUGCGGUAUCACAUCCUCGGCGUAGGGUCUAUUGGAUCGCUGAUAGCAUUCCAUCUCAAGCGUUCCGUCAAGCUUCAGCGUCAGCUUCUUCGAGCGGGACCCUCAUCCUCCAAAUCACGGCGAGAGCUUCUUCUCUCCAACCUGUCUAACCAGCGUCCGCCAUCAAAUCAAGGCACCAUUGUCUCCUCGCUCAGCUUACCGCCUUAUGUCCGGUCCAAUCUCCCAGAUCCUCAGCAGACCUCGGUCACGUUGCAUCUGCGCAAAAAGGCUUUUGGUAAGCAAGCACAGAAACGAUACCUCAACUCGAUCGUGGUAGAGCAAGAUGGCGUUAGAGACAUCGAAGGUGGAUUUCAAACCGAUUUCAGUUCGAGUGCCACCGAUAUACUCACUUCGAUGGUGCGUCGCAAUCGAGCGAAUCAGGUCGACAUGCAUGAUGAUGAACAAAUGGAAUCAGAUCGAUUUUUUAUAUCGCGUACGCAAACCGGAUCCUCAUCAGCAGAACCACCUUCGAUGCACGAGCAAACUUCGUCCCGAACUCCACUACCUGAUCACGAUGGCGGCAUUUCGCUUAUUUCAACCCUGGAGGGAACGUAUUCUCAACCACGCGCUAGCCCAAUCGACAGCUUGAUUGUCACGACCAAAUGCGAUUCAACCCUCUCAGCGAUAGAAAGUCUUCGACAUCGUCUUCAUCCAUGGUCAACCAUUGUACUGCUGCAGAAUGGCAUGGGUGUGCUCGAUACACUGUUCGAUACGUUCUUCAAGGAUCCCGAACAGAGGCCAAAUUUCGUACUUGCUUCGACUACCCACGGGUGUUGGCGAAAGGGACCGUUAGACAUAGUGCAUGCUAGCGCCGGGGCGUUGCAUUUCAGUAUCGUGCCUAGCGGCCGUUCAGGGCCGAACGGGUUCGAGGCGGACAGAGUACCCUUCGGACAGACGAUUGCGCCGGUGCAACGGGGGUUGCUGACAACAAGCGGAUUGGGAUCGAGCAAGAAGGCGAAAGGCUGGGAGCGUUUUGCCCCGGAUCCGGACUCCAAUCCGGUCGAAGAGAUACACGAUCCAGAUGCCCCUUCCAACAAGCUGUCGAUUACCAACAUUGCCGAUCAGCCCAAUCUUCGCACCCUCCGAGCCACGGUUGCAGCACUUCUCUCUCUGCCGCUCAAUGUUGAGUGGGAGCCCAUCCGAGCAUUUCAGCUACGCGCGUUACGCAAGCUCGUCAUUAAUGCGUGCAUCAACCCGCUCACCGCCCUCGCCGACUGCAAGAACGGAGACCUCUUUGGCAACCCAGCUGCAAUGGAUGCCAUGUGGUCCAUUUGCCUCGAAGCAGGCAUGGUGCUGGAAGCACAAGUGCGCGAACACCUGUCCCCCUCCAACAACCCGUCCAUCUCCAAUUCACCAGCGACUUUGUCAACAGAAGAUCUCAUUCUUCUUUCGACAGAAACGGGUGAACCCAUGUUGAAUCCUAGCUUGACACCUCAGGCCCUAUUUCAAGAGGUGCAGCGAGUUGCUCGCCUCACCGCUGCCAACUGGUCUUCCAUGCACAGCGAUCUUAAAAACCGCAGAGGCAGCACUGAGAUCGAUUACAUCAAUGGAUACAUCUCGGCAUUGGGUAGAGGCUAUAAUAUCGAUACUACAGCUAACGAUCUGUUGACAAAUUUGAUCAAAUUGAAGACAACAAGGGUCACCGGAUCGGGCAGAUUGUAA